AAAACAUAAAAAAAUGAAAUUUAUCAAUUAUUUCAGCGUCUUUCUAUCUUCAAGAACAGACGUGUUAUGGUACGAUGAACAACACAACAUUGUUUUGUGCUGUACUGAUAAUAUGCUUUGGAAGUUUUGCGACUUCUCACGCAAAAGGAGUUUCUAUUGGUAGUGGAUGGUGUAUUAUGACAGUCAGGGAGAGAGGCAGACCGUCAACUAGAUAUAUCAAAACCGGAUAUUUUACCCACAUAAACGCUUGCUUACGAUGUGAAUGUCUACAGAACUUUUCUAUGAACUGUUACAAACGCGAGAAGGCUGGAAACGAAACACUGCAUUGUACGAAUUGUACCGAAAUCAACGCAUAUCAUCGUAGUUCAUUGUGUAGAGGAUUUUGUUGGGAUCAGUACGACUCAAAAGUGAGAGAAAUCUUUGAGAACUGGUUUGUAAGUGAUUCUGAUUGCAUUACGUGCAAAUGCAUUGGUGGCAUAACAGGAAUAAAUUGCGUUUUGCAUAAAUUCAAUAGUGAAGCAUUGUGUGUUGGUACAACGUGUCUUAAGUUUAUCAAAAGUCACGUGGCUUCCAAGGAUAGCUUUUCCUGUCAAAGAUGCCACAAUGGAGAGUAUGGAGUCAUGGCUGGUCAUCGGGAAAUAUGGGAGAGGUAUAUGAGAUGUUUUUGUAACAGUAGUGUUGUAACAUGCGAAAUUGAUGCCAAAAGUUUUUCCUAUUAUUUAAAAUAUGAUGGAAUGCAAUGGUACAACACAACAACAACAGAAGCUGUGGCUGUGUGGUUGGAAAAAGGAUGCAUGUUUCAAGAUGUUUUUAUACGCGAUAGAACAAUGCGUUUCGUAUCUGUUCACGGGUGUGGAAUAUGCUUCAAAUGUGCUUGUUAUUACGGAGUGUUAAAAUGUAUGUACAAUAAUCCACAAAUCGAAAUCCCUGCUGUCUGCGAAGGUGAAGAAAACUGCAAUAAAGCGGCACAAUAUCCAGCUGUUAUCGAAGGGUGCUCGAAUCCAAACAAAAGGAUGUGUGAAAACGGUGUAAUGGUUUCAUGGAAACAAAAUGGCUGCCAGAUGUACUGCUAUAAAUAUAGUUUGGUGAUAAAAGUAUUGGAGAGACAAUGGUGUCAUAAUUUAGUUGAAGAAUGUUUCAAAUGUCCAGACAAAGAAGAAUUGUUGAGAAUUCAUCCUGGUUCGAUAUUUACGUGUAAAAAUAACAGCGAAAUAUUUUGGAGUGAAAAAAGAUGCGAUGGAAGAAGAGAUUGUGAGGAUGGAAGUGACGAAGAAAAUUGUAUAACAUAUUACUGCAAUCUUGAUAACUUAUAUGGCCACACAUGGAGAUCAGUGGAAGUAAAUGCGACUGUAUCUGCGAGCUGCUCAUUACUCAAUUUGGAUAGAAGAAUGUGGACAGGCAUGAUGUCUCGUCAGUGUUCUUAUAAAAAAGAAAAUGGUACCAUUUGGGAUGACAUUGACUACUGCAGUUGCUCUGACAACGAAACAGUUCCAACGUUCGACGAAAAGAAAUUGCAUGAUAUUUACAGUAUAAAAGUACUUCUAGACGAUGUCUAUCUAAUCUUUAUAAAAUCUGUCAGGAAAAGACAAUGCUUAUUAGCCGCUACCAGAUUGAUGAACAGAACAAUAGACUUAUAUAAGGAAGACGUAAAAUACAAAGUCCUGGAUUCAAUACUGGGUACGGCACUAAGGAUGUCAAAACAAGAAGAGAGAAAGUGUGAUCCUGCUAAGGUGUAUGAUGAUCUGUAUGAAGAAACAGUGAAAUGCAUGGACACAUACAAUUACUAUAAAUAUCAUCAGAACUUUGGCUGGCUUGGAACAGUCGCUGCAUCACGACUGAAUAUGUUGUACUAUCUGAAAAACUAUAAAACACUGACGGUUGCAAGAGAAGAAAUGGGUGGAGAACGCAUUACGACACCUGUCAAACAAUGGACACAUGUUGGUCUUUUAUAUGUUAGCAUGAUCUCAACAUCUUUGGUGUUUUUGUGCGCAAGUUUGAUGUUAUUUGCCGUCCUUAAAAUUCAAAACACAACAAAGAUCUUUAUUCACAAAAAUUUUAUGAUCAUUUUGAGCUUAUCAUAUGCAAUUGAAAUCAUUGCACACCUCUUCAAACCAGAACCAAAGAAAAACAAGGAGGUGUGUAUCACACUAGCGUACGCUGCUUAUUAUUCUGUCUUGGCUGUGUUCUCAUGGAUGACUGUUGAAGGGAUUAAUCUUAUACUUCAAGUGGUCAUUGUAUUUAAAACAGCAUUCAGGAAGUGGAUAGUAUACAUUCUUAUCGGAUAUGGAUUCCCUGCGAUACUGUCGCUUGUUAUUGGUGUCUGGAAAUUUAAAAGUUUUGAAGAGACUGAAAGCUGUUUGUCUAUGAACGACAGUAGUUGGUACAUAAAAGCUCCAAUGGCAGUUUUGAUGUUUGUAAAUGUGACCAUGUUUUGUGUAAUAUUUGUGUUUAUCAUCCGAAACAUGCUAAAAAGGAGUUCAAAAUUCUCGCAAAGAAGCAGUUCAUCCCUGAAAGCAUUUGUGAUAUUAUGUCCCUUGCUUGGUGUGAGUUACAUCAUGGGUUUGUUCCUGGAUGAAACAACCAAGAAUUUGACCUACGUCUACAUCUUUGUAAAUGGAUUAAUGGGACUUCCAAUAUUUCUUCUUCAUUGCUAUGCGGAUCCUGAGGUGCAAAUGAAGCUGAAAAAGAAGUUUACAGGAUUUAGAAGAGAUAAUUCGACAUCAACCAACCAGAAAAAAGACACCUCAUCUCACUUAUCCUAAGAAUUUGCAUACAACAUAAUAUUACUUGAAGAAAAACUCUUAAAUUCGACUAUAUGUCUAAUACAAUUAUAGAACGAGUUAUCAGGAUCCACUGGUGCCAAAAAAUGUUACUGCUAAAUGUAUACAGGCCAGGGCAAACCGAGGCAACUUUUUAAGUAACAUUACCCGUCAACAUUUGUUGAUGAACAUGUUGACUCGAUUUGCUAUGGGUAUCAGCAUGUUGACGAAGAAAAAAAAACCUCUAAUAAUGUUGAUCAACAUUUAUUAACUUUUUUAUAAAUGUUGAUCAACAUUGUUGAUGAGUUUUGUAUGUUGCUACGAUUUGCUAUAGCUAUCAACAACUCUGGCAACAUUUUUCAGUAUGUUCGAAUCAUUUAAUUGCAAAUUUGAAUGUUCUAGCACGAAUUCGAAUCUUUUUGUUCGAGUGUAUACACGACCUGCAUGAAAAUAAGAUCAAGACAUAGAGAUAUAUUUAUUUUGAAAGUGGCGGAAGUCACUGCUUCAGCUAAUCCUGCAACUACCACUGCUGGUAAACAAGAAUUUAAAUGGAACGAUGAAUUAGUGGAGAAGCUGAUUAACCUGUACGAAGAAUGACCCUGUCUCUGGGGCAUUUCAGAUCGAAGCUACUCAAAAACAGAUGUCAAGGAGAAGGCUUUCUCUGAAAUAAAAGAAGAGAUGGGCAUCUAUUACUAACAACAGCAAUAAACAUGCUGCAGCUUUCUUCUCCGCCAUUUUAAAAAAGGAGAAUGAAUGGCCAUGUUUCAGAAGAAUGUAGUUGCUCAAAAUGUUGACGGGAAUGUUGACAAGGGUAUAGCAAAUCGUAUUAACAUGUUGCUCACAAUGUUGACGAGAAUGUUAACCGAGAAUGUUGAUCGAUUUGCCCCGGGUUGAAGAACGUUUGCACGUUAAAUUUAAAACACAUAUCUUUGAUAAACGUAUUUGUUUUGUUGUUACGAAUAUCUUUAAGGAAGUGCGUUCACAUA